GCCAUCUCUAAAUAAGGUUGUGUGCGGAAAGCUCUUCUAGGCUUUGUCGUAGUGUGAUGGCGCGUGGAGAGCCUGUUCAAGGUCCGAUGGCGAGUUUAGUUGGAGUUGGAUAGGGUGUUUACAGCGAUGGUUUCGUUUACUAAAGCGACUGGACGCUUUGGUUUCUCUCAUUAUCUCUUUGAUUACCAUCUAGGGUUGUUAGUUUUUGGUAUUGUGUAGUUGUUUGUGUUUGUCUUACGCUCCAAUAUUUUGCCAUUGAGUUUUGAGGAGUCAUUAUUUUUUUUUUGUGAAUCUUGGUGGCGACUCAAAAUUAUCUCACGUUGAUUUGGAGUCUUACUUAUGGUCAUUUAGUUUCUGGGGAGUUUCCUUAGCAACCGCCGUCUUGUGGCUUCGGGUUUAGAUUUCAUCUAAAUUGCUGACUUAGUUAUCUCUCUUUUGGUAUUUAGUUGCGAUGCUUCAGACUUGUAGCCACCCAUGUUUGGGUUUGUAAUGUUAUCGAUUAAGAAAUUUUUAGAUGACAAAAAAAACUAUACAUGGAUUAGUUAGUUCAGUUUAUCAAUAUCUGCUCUGGCCUUAUAGAACCUAUGGGGCCUAGAUACCAUAACUUUAUGGCUAAACAAAAAAAAAAACAAAGAAGACAAAUGAUGAUGCAACUAAAGGUGUGGUGAGCAGCACAUUGAUUUCUAUCUAGUCUCUAGUAAUCAAAUUAUUUUUAUCUUUAGAUAACCUAUAAAUCACUUCUUUCUUUUUUUCUUUCUUAAUUUAAAAUAACCUAUAAAUCAUUUCUUCCCAUGUAUCAGUCAUGAAGUUUAUCAAACCAUAAAAGAAUCAAGCAUAUAAGUAAAGUAUCACUUCGGUCAAUAAGCAAAUCUUGUAUUGUAUGACUUUUAGGAUUUUUGUCCUAACAUUUUAGAGUGUAUAGUCCAUAGUUAAAAAAUAUUUCCACAUCUCAUUCUAUACGUUCCUGAUGAAUUUCAGUUUUACCAAUACAGAAAGUCGGUGUAUAAUCUUUCCAUAAACACAAAAAUUUAAACAAAAUAUCUAUCAGUUAAUAACCUUUUUAAUAUAAAUAUAUAGACAUGGACAUAUAUCAUUAUCAAGUAUCAUAAAACAUAAGUUUCGUGUAAAGAUGAAGAAGUCUUCGUUGUUCUUCGUAUUGUUAUGUUUGUUUCAAAUAAGCAAAUUAGGUUUCUGCUUAGCAGGAAGUGUUCAUACGGCUAACAACAAUGAAAAUAAACGUCAUAGAUUCAUAAGUGUAACUGAUUUCGGAGCUGUCUGCGAUGGGAAGACCGAUGAUACUCAGGCCUUUCUUAAGGCAUGGGAAGCUGUAUGUAACGGAGUAAGUGAUAAAAGCUUUUUAGUGCCUCUGGGAAAAACGUGCAUGCUUAAGCCUCUUAAGUUCGCAGGUCCUUGCAAGUCUUCCUCUAUCACCUUUGUGAUAAGAGGCAAUCUUGUUGCGCCGGGUUACACCUGGGACGUGGGAAAUUUCCCUGAAUGGAUUAGUUUUGAUAGUAUCAACGGUCUAGUUGUCAAAGGAGGAGGUGUCAAAGGAGGAGGCACCCUCGACAGUCGUGGUUCUGUGUGGUGGGGAUCCGGACAUGCUCAGGAUAAGGAUCGUCCCACCGCAAUGCAUUUCAACAACUGUAAUGGUCUGAGGAUGUAUAAUCUCCAACACUUGAACAGUCCUCGGAACCACAUAGGUCUAACCGGCUCAAAGAACAUCAGCAUCUCGGGACUUAAUUUGACUGCACCUGGUGAUAGUCCCAAUACGGAUGGUAUAGACAUAUCAAAGUGUAUAGGAGUCGACAUACGUGACUCAGUGAUAUCCACUGGAGAUGAUUGCAUUGCUAUUAAUUCCGGUUCCUCUUAUAUCAACAUAACCGGCCUUUUUUGCGGUCCCGGUCAUGGCAUCAGCGUGGGAAGCCUUGGAAGAAAUGGAGAGUUUGCAACCGUUGAAGAAGUGAGAGUAAAGAACUGCACUUUGUCAAACACAAUGAACGGUGUCCGAAUCAAGACAUACCAGAACGGAUUAGGAUAUGCACGGAAAAUCUCAUUUGAGGAUAUAAGGAUGGUGGAUUCACGGAACCCUAUUAUCAUCGAGCAGAAUUACCUGAACCGGGGAAAAAUCGAAGAAGUAAGCUUUGAGAAUAGUAGCUAUCAAAACCGUGGUGGUAAAAAUCGUUUUUACAAGACUGAGUCUGGUAAUGGAAGAGGCGUGAAAGUGAGCGAUGUUCGUUACAGUAGAAUCUACGGCUCAUCUGCGAGCGAUGAAGCCGUCACGUUUAACUGCAAUGCGGACAUGGGAUGUGAAGAUAUUGUGAUGGACCAUGUGAAUAUUGUUUCAGCGAAAGCAGGUCAGGGGGUGUCGGCUUCUUGCACGAAUGUUCGUGGGAGUUAUUUUUAUUCACCUAUUAAUUGUAUUAAAAAGCAUUAGGGGGUGAUGUUAUUGCAUUCCUACUUAGAAGAACUAAAGAACGUGUUAAAAUUAUCUUAAGGUUGAUUUAAUAAAAAGAUCAAAUUAGUCAC